GUAGUGCGCACAGCGCACACAUUACGGUCCCGCUCCUCCGUCCUUUACGGUAAAACAGCAGAACCCGGAAGUGUGUUGUUGUGAAGAUGAAGCUCGUGCUGGAAUGACUGAAAGUGGCGCUCAGCUGUUUGCUCGGCUGGAGGCUCGUCGCUGUCUGAAGGACAUCGAGCAGCGACUGUUCCCUGAAGAUGGAGGACCCGAGCCCGGUGAGUGAGCACGCCCACUUCCGGUCCCCACACCUUACAUGGCAUCAUGGUGAGGUGGUGGAGCUAUAUGGAUCAGAGGGGACAGGUAAGACAGAGUUGCUCUACCACCUGCUGUGUCAAUGUGUGUUGCCGGUGGCAACCGGCGGUCUUGAGGUAGACGUUGUGUUCGUGGACACCGACUACAGUCUGGACAUGUUACGACUGGUCAGCAUCCUGGACAGCAGACUGAACGCAGCUCGUUCUUCACGCUCGCCCUCGGCCGGUUCAGAUGAGGCAGCGUUGCGUUCGUGUUUGUCUCGCCUCCUGGUCGUCCACUGCUCCUCCUCCUCCCAGCUCCUCCUCACCCUCCACUUCCUGGAGACCUCCUUGUCGUUGCGGCCUGGCCUGGCUCUCCUCCUUAUUGACAGCAUGUCCGCUUUCUACUGGCUGGACCGCUGUGAGGGCGGGGCAAGUGUUGCCAAGCAGGAAGAGAAGCUCAGCAAGUGUGCAGAGCUGCUGGGCCGACUGCUCAGGGAUUACAGAAUUACUGUCUUCGCCACCUGCCACGCCAUCAGGAGGAGCUACAGUGCACCCUCCUCCUGUUCUUCCUCCUUCGACAACGACCGGCCGUACCUCUGUCGCCCCUGGCAACGGCUGGUGACCCACCGGCUGCUGUGCUCCAGGCAGGAGGCUGCAAACAACAUGGCUGCCACGGCAGGAGGCAGCAAGGAGCAGAAGAGACGGCAGGUCUUCACCGUCCACUGCACCUCCUCCUCCUCCUCCUCCUCCUCCUCCUCCAGGACGAAGGCUUACAGGAGCAGCUCCUUCUGCGUGACAGACGGAGGAAUCGAGUUUAUCUGAAUGGUCACUACUGCUCAGAGGACAGUAAACUGUUUGUGUAGUGCAGAUGAAACCGUAUCUUGUGUUUGUUCUUUAUAUAUAUAUUUGGGUCAAUGUUUACAUGCAUUUGUCAAAGUUCAAUAAAAGUUGUGAUCCAGGA